AUGAGAUCAUCCCGUGCUUUAAGGAGAGGCACAAGGAAUCUUUUGAUCGCUGCUGUUGUUCCUGGAUCGUACGGCGCAGAGGUAGCCUUCGGUCGGAAGCUUCCGAUGAUAGCUUCCACGAUCGGAAGCGCCGUGAUUCUCGGCCGGGCCCACACCAGCUACUUCCAAGGAGGGAAUGGCGAGCCGGCGGGCCCCACCUUAGCCGAUUUAACAGGUGGGCAAGCAGCGGGCCCACCUCCCUCCGCUCACGUCAGCAUCCCCUCCCCUCUCCCAGAGCUGUAUAAAAGCCGAGCCCCAUCUCCUGCUCCCGGCACACACCCAAUAAUCAAAUAUCUAGCUAGCUCCUGUAGCGAGAAAGAAACCAUGUCGGGCGUUUGGGUGUUCGAGGACGGGAUCGUGCGGCGCGCGGACAGCGACCCUCCCAGCGGCGCCGGCGCCGGCGGGUCGCGGCCGAACAAGGUGCUGGUGCACGUGCCCAGCGGCGAGGUGGUGACCUCCUACGACGUGCUGGAGCGGCGGCUCCGAGAGCUCGGCUGGGAGCGCUACCUCUACGACCCCUGCCUGCUCCAGUUCCACAAGCGCUCCACCGUGCACCUCAUCACCGUGCCCCGCGACUUCGCCCGCCUCAAGCUCGUCCACAUGUACGACGUCGUCGUCAAGACCCGCAACGUCUUCGAGGUCCGCGACGCCGCACCAGCCUGACCGUGUCGCCGUCGACGCAUACGCCGCUGCCUUGGUCCUUGUCGUCGAUCGGACCGGUGCUGCUGACCGCCGGUCUGAGUGCCGCCGCCGUAUCAGCGUACGAACACAUGUAUUGACGUAUUGUAUGUUGGAAUUGUGAGAUCGAGUGAGGUAGAAGAGUACGUGUGAUAUGGCGGCGCCCUGCUCGCGUGGCUGCUUUGCAUGGACUACUCCUACGAUUGUUUGGCGCCAAUUAAACAUAUAAAGAACACGCUCUGCGGUAUGCUUAUAUUGAGGGCGUGUCUUUCACAAAGGAUUGAUGUACAUGUAUUGAUCGAUUUGUAUGGUAAUGUUUGGCUUGUGAAAUAAAGCUUCUUCUUUUCCAUUCAA